GUAGUGACGAAAAACUCCGGGUCGACCGGUUUUUCUCCGAGUUAACGACGUCAUCAACGAGUCAACUAUACAUCCGACCCAUUCAAAUUACACAACCGAACCGGUUCACUCAAAACCCUAAUUGCAACAAUCCUCUCACUCUUUCUCCUUCUUCGCAAAAACCCUGAGGCUCGAACGUUUACUCCUUCAAUGGCGAUAGGUGGAAAGAGGAAGAGGAACAACGAUUCUGACGGCGAAGAUGAUUCUUCCAGGAGAAGAACCAGAACGGAGCCGGAAAAGGAGAUCAAAGAGCCAUUCCGUCCUUCCAUGAUUAAGAACAAGGAAAAACGAUCGGAAGUUCAUGCUAAAGUUAAGCAUCAGAAGAAGCUCGAAAAACGCGCUAAAUCGAAGGCUCGUGAAGCUGCUGUUCAAAGAGCUAUCGAACUCGGUGAAGAGCUUCCAGAGAAGAAGGUGCCGCGUACGAUUGAGAAUACAAGGGAAGUAGAUGAGACUGUUUGCAAGCCUGAUGAUGAAGAGCUAUUUGCUGGAAAUGAUGCUGAUGAAUUCAGUUCAAUUUUAAAUAGGCAGCAUAAUCCUAAGAUACUAAUCACCACUUGCCGCUUCAAUUCUACGAGGGGACCUGCUUUUAUAUCUGAAUUGCUUACGGUUAUACCAAAUGCACAUUACUUCAAGAGAGGAACCUAUGAUUUAAAAAAGAUUGUAGAAUAUGCAAAUAAACAGGACUUCACUUCUGUUGUAGUUGUACACACCAAUCGCAGAGAACCAAAUGCUCUCUUAGUUAUUGGCUUACCUAAUGGACCUACUGCUCAUUUCAAACUCACAAAUCUUGUUUUACGCAAGGAUAUUAAGAAUCAUGGAGUUCCAACCAGUCACCAGCCUGAGCUUGUGUUGAACAACUUCACAACACGCCUAGGGCAUCGAGUUGGAAGAAUGAUACAGUCACUUUUCCCACAAAACCCAGAGUUUAAAGGUCGACGUGUAGUCACCUUUCACAACCAGAGAGACUUCAUAUUCUUCCGGCAUCAUCGGUAUAUUUUCGAAACCAAAGAAAUUAAAAAGAUCGAGUCUAAAGGUAAAAAAGACGAGGAUGGCAAGAGCGAGAAGGUUCCUGACCACAAAAUAAUUGCCCGUCUUCAGGAAUGUGGCCCUCGUUUCACAUUGAAAUUAGUUAGCCUGCAGCAUGGAACAUUUGACUCUAAAGGUGGAGAAUAUGAGUGGGUUCACAAGCCGGAAAUGGACACAAGUCGAAGAAGGUUUUUCCUGUGAUCUUAUCUUGGAGCUUUGUAUUUUGGAUGGUUUUCUUUUCCUUUCAGCCAGAAUGGACACAAGCCGAAGGAUGUUUUUCCUGCGACCUUGUCUUCGAACUUUGCAUUUUGGACGGCCUUUCUGUUGGAAUAGGGUUAAUCUGGCGAAGAGGGUUCGUAAUCUUAAAGUUGUUGGAAUCUUUUAAGUUAUUUCUGAAUAAUUUUAGGUAAUUUUUUCUUUUUUCAUUUGGGGCUGAAGACUGAAGUCCUAUCACCUUUGUACUACCUUGAUCAAUUUUGACCUCAAAUCUAUAUUUGCUAGACGGGGAAAGAGAACAAAUUCACAUAUUGAAUACCAAUAUAGCUGUAACUUGAGAUGGUAUGUAUGGGUCUACAAAUAGAUCUCUAUAUUUAAUAUUUCAUUUCUGUGUUGAUGCUGC